AUAUCAAAGUUUAAUCAUUCAAGAUUAAACUCUUUUAUUUUACAUGAAUGACACAUUUCUUAAUUUAUCGAUCAGUAGAACUGCGUAUCAAUACGCAUGCCCAGUCUUGGAGCUAUAUUUAGAACACUAUAUAUAAGGAGCUGCGCGAGCCCGCUGCUUCCUUUUCGUUCUGGAACUCUAUGAGAAAGGUAGCUGCUGAUCAUAUUUUAAUAUUUUGUAAAAAUCUUAAAUUAGGUUUUAAUUUUUGGAUGUUAAUUGUAAAGUUUAAAUUAUUAUUUUAAACGUUAACUAUUUAAGUGCUCUUUAUAUGUCAAUCUUUAUAAAUCUCGUUUUUUUUAUUGAAUUUUAAAUGAAAAAAUAGAAAAUAACCACGUGGCCCUAUUAUCCGAAAGGGACAAUACAGUUAUAACUUUUCCAAAUUAUCAAUAGUAUAAACAUAAGAAACGUUAACUAUUGAAGUGCUCUUCUUAUAUAAACCUUUAUAAAUCUCGCUUUGAUUUAAUUUUAAAUAAACGAAAUGGGAAAAUAACCACGUGGCCUGGUUUAUCCGAAAAGGCUAUACAUUUAUACUAUUCCUUAUUAUCAAUAUAGUAUAAACAUAAGAAUUGAUCAUUAAAAUCUAUAUACUGGCAAUAUUAUAGGCUGUUUAUAAUAAGACAAUUUGUUGUUUUUCUUGAUCAAAAUGCCCAAACGACGUGCGGACGAAACUGUGAGACUGGCCAGUGCUGUAAAUGAGAAAAGACGACAAGCACAGAGGACACCUGGCUCGAAUCCGAACCCACGGCAAGAAGUUGUUCAAAUUGAUGACUCUUCCCCAACUUCAGGUUCCUUUAAUGUCUGGAUAAUUGGUUCCUCCAUUAUAAGCGGUGCAUAUCAGAGACUGUGUUCAAGACCAGACGGCGUGAAUCUAGGGUUACGGAAAACUAUUGGUGGUAAUCUUGUAUGGGAACAUAUGGGUGGUAUGAAAAUCGAGGAUCUCGAACAAAGUAUAGCCUACUUAACUUCCUUUAAGCAGAAUGAUCCCCCGACUUAUAUUCUUAUUCAUUGUGGAGGCAAUGAUAUAGGCCUUAAAACAUCUGCUGCUAUUAUUGCGGAUCUCAAAAUAAUUAUAGAUAAUAUCAGAAGUAAGUUUCCAUAUACAAAAAUAAUUUGGUCACAGAUUUUACCAAGGCGAUCAUGGCGUUAUAUGCCGGAUGUAUAUCACGCAGACCGAGCAAGAAAACGUAUAAACAGCUCUAUAGCCACCUAUGUCAUAAAUGGCGGGGGUCACUACCUAAAAUACCCGGAUAUAACUCUCGCCCCAAUGUUCUUUAGGUACGACGAUACACACUUGUCGCCCACUGGUUACGACCUUAUGCUGAAUAGUAUUUCCGGAGCAAUUUAUUCAUUCAGGAAACUCAACAGUCCUAUCUUCCCGAUGUGAUUAAGUGACUGUAUUGGUUGUUAGUAAUUCCUUAAAGUAGAU